GCUCGGCCGGCCGCCUUGCGUAUGGCGCGCAUCCUGGACGGAGUAACCGGGCGUCGUUAUCAUGUCGACGGCCAUGAAUUUCGGGUCCAAGAGCUUCCAGCCACGGGCCCCCGACAAAGGCAGCUUCCCGCUGGAUCACUUCGGUGAAUGUAAAAGCUUUAAAGAGAAAUUCAUGAAGUGCCUCCGUGACAAAAAUUUUGAAAAUGCUUUGUGCAGAAAUGAAUCAAAAGAAUAUUUAGAAUGCAGAAUGGAGAGGCAACUGAUGGCACAAGAACCACUGGAAAAACUGGGAUUUGGAGAUUUGAUAGAUGGAAAGUCAGAGACAAAAAAAUAAAUUUUGAUGGGAAGAAGAACACCGGGCUGUGUUGGGGGCUUCUGGGACAGAGCAUUUACACUGAUCCCCCCGCCGAGUGUACUUACUGGGCAGCGUGACUGGGCAGUGCCCUUGCCAGCCGCACAUAGUCAGAGUAGAGAAACCCUGCCUCAGGUGUGUCCAGAGCUAGAGAAUUGUUCAUUUUCUGAAGCUUCCCACAUUAUUUUGAAAAUUUAUUAGUCCUUUGGAUUCUCAUUUUUCCCCAGGAGUGAGGCUUUCCCCUUAAAGCUGCAUGUAUAGUAGUUCUGGGGAUGCCCCUGACAGAGGUGGUAAGAAUGCCAGAGUGACACCUCCCUCAGUAGGUGGGUGCCUUGGGUCUUCUGUAAAACUGCCCUUUUAUAGCAUCUAUAGCAUUGUCUGUUUCUUCAGUAUUAACUGUCCAUGUUCGCAGAUUUCGGUCAAUUAGAUGCUGUCAGAAAGCCAUUUCCUUGCAAGAUGGUUUCCUUUUUGUACUCAAAUAUAUGCACAGUUUAUUUCCUUUGCUUUUAUUUGUCUCUUUACAAGGUAGGCUACAUCCUAGGAAGUAAGAAAUUCUGGCUUUUGACAUGUUUGACUAUUUUCCUGAUGCUCACUGAACCACACACCUUUCUACCAGAGUGCUGUUGUUUGAUUUGUACCAGGCCAUAUUUGUAAAACUAGGUGUUCGAGUUCAAGAACUCAUUUAUUGUACCUGAAGAUUGAAUACAUUUGUAGUUUGACAUUUAAGUGUCCGUUUUCCAUGUUCUAUAAGAACACACACAGGCAUGUGGGCGAGCACUUGCUUCUGGGUUCCCUGAGCACAUGCCUGUGCUGGCGCCAUAGUGUCCUGUCUCCACCGCUGCCUCUAGAGUAGCUGUGCUCAGCCCCGCACUGCCACAAUGGCCUCAGAUCAUUUCUUCUUCACAUGGGUCCAAAUCCUUUGCGGGAUUUCUGAGCUGGUUUUAAUAUUUGGCCUGAGUUCAGAACCAUGAACAGAACGCUGAGCGCUGUCUAAGUCUGGGCCUACUUGCCCUCUGCCCCUAGUGCUUUGGGGAGGGGCUGGCCCCUAUAUAUUGCCUUCUCCAUCAGCUGGCUUUUGUCAUGGUGAGAGGAGAAUCUGGGCUGUAUCCCCACUCAAACCAUAACCUAGUUAACUAAGCCUUCUCCAGGUCUUUGCAGAUGAGGACCCAGUCCCAAUUCCUACUUCUGCUGGGUGACCUAGGCCUGAGCCCCUUGCCAGCAGGAGGUAGAGGCAUGUCCACUUCCCUGGCUUCAGUCCUGUAUGGUGAUUGUCUCCUGGUUAGGUCCUCCCUGAAUCAAGUCCCUCUCAUGCUGGUUUCAUUUCCCUGGUGCCCAGACAGCACCAGUGACCACAUGGUUUUGCACCACCGCUACAGUCUACACUUUGGCACUGUCAGUAUUCUAAAAACUAGAUUCUUUUAUAUUGCCUGGUUUGUAAAAAGUCUUGGUUUUGAUCACCAAACCCAAACAUCUGUCAAGAUAUUUUAUAUUUUCCAACAGUAAGCAUGCAAUGCACAGGUUGUUUAUUGCAGUUUUGGUUGUAAUUACAAAAUAGCAAAUUGACCCAGAUGCCAGCAUGUAGGAGUGUGUGAAUAAGCCAUGCUCAUUCCCACAGUAAGCACAGUAAGCACAGCAGGGCCAGGAAAGGGUGGAGAAGCUCUGAGUUCAUACCAUUGUUACACUAUUAGCUAAAUAGAAGGAAGUCCAACAGCAACUGGAAUAUGUUUAAAUAAAAGAGCUUUAAGAAGCUCUACACAUCUGUACAUUUGUACCAAAAAAAAAAAAAAAAAAAAUCAAGGUAUACACCAGAAACUAAUCAGAAUGGAGACUUGUGGGUCAGGUGGGCACGUGCAAAUGUUUCCUGAUGCUGAGCACUGAGGACCUAGAAGCCAGGCUCACGCCAGGCCCAGAUCUUGGUUUCUAAGACCACUCUUUAUCAGAAGAAAUCAGGCUUCCUUGAAAAAAUGGCUGUUGCUAGGCCAGGGUAGGGAAAGCCCAAGGUGAACCUGGAACAUCUUGUGUCUGAAAGUAUUGUUGGGGACUGCACAGCUCCUCCCAUCAGUUCUGACUGAUGUGGAAGGAAUGUUGGGGACAGAACUCAUUGGCACAUACCACAGUGACAACGGCUGCAGACAGGACCCAUGGUGGAUUCUGAAAUUAGGGGCAAAAGGGGAUGUGAAACGGGAUGCUCGUCUAGUCUUGAGGUCCCUGAGUCACUGCGUGAUUACAGAGGCAACGGUGGAAAUGUUAUAGUGUGGUCACCCCAGCACAUGGCCACCUCCUGGAGUGAAACAUCCAUACCGCUCUGGCCUUGCGUGAUCUCUCGGAAGUACAGCAUCACAUCUUUGGAUUUUGUUGCCAAAAUACAUAUGCUCCAUCAAUGAGAAAACACAAGAUAAAUUCAAACCAAGGGACAGUCUGCAAAUGAAGGCCAGUGAUCAGAAAAGUCAGGGUCCUGGAUCGGGCAGCAUGGAGACAGGUGGUCCCAAAUGGAUGAACGUUCCUGGUUGGUGUUUUUGGGGGAAUAUGGGCAUGCUAGCUCUUCUGUCUUAUGUUUGCAACUUCCUGGAUCUGAAAUUAUUUAAGAAAAGCUUAAAAACUGCAUUAAAUUCUCUACAGAAAGUUUACAGAGUUGAGUAAACUCUUGAAAUAUAUAUUCAGUGAAUUUCAAAUAGAGAUGGUACAGACACAUGACUUCAGCAAGCCAGGAAAAGAGUUGGAGGAGCAGUCCAGAAAUAGGCCACAGUGUGGACAGUUCACAAAGCAACAGCAUCUUCCAGUAUUACCUCUGGUUUUCUGGAUCUGAGUUACUGAAAAUGCUCACUUAGGAAGAUGGGGCCUGUCCUUGCCAAAGCGCCCAUACACACUUUUGGUAAUCCAUCAUUUGUCUCACACACAUUUGCCAUGAUAAUCCAGAAAAGGUGCCACGGAUAAAUUAUAUAUUCUCCUUAGGAGAGAAGUCAGGCUUCCGUGGUCAGGUCUUGGGCCCUCAGUGCCUUCCAAUCAGGUCUCUAAGCUGCCCUCAGGGGGAGUAGUAAUUCAUCACAGGUCCAAGCCCGAAGGAAGACCUAGUCUUGCCCCAGGGGACACAGGCACUCACAGACAACUGGGGUUUAUCUCUUAAUUAUCUACAGCAACACAAUCAUGGCUAGAAUUUCUCUCAGAAAUGAAUGUAAACCUGUAUUUUUCUGAAAUCCAGUGCUUGCCUCGUGUUACGUCUUGCUGGCUCAGGACAGAGAUGGAUAUGCACUUAAUACGCAGAAUCAGAAAGUCAGAAUCCAGCCAAACCAGCCAUUGCGUGUGUGACAUGAUCCCCCGGCUUGUAAAAUGUUGAAGACAUUUCCUAAUUUUAUAUAGACACGAGAGAGGUUUGAAAUCCUGUACCGUUGAAGUCCGGGAGGCCUGCCCUGGGGCAGCAUUGGCUGGUAUGCCCCUCAUUUUUCUUUGUGACUGUGUUUUAUAACAAGCAUGCAUCCUUUUUACAGAAACAAUAAAAUCUUUACUUUUAAAAAGCUCAUUGUGUGUGUUGUAAUUUUAUAUCAUCUAUAAAUUGUAUGCCUGUGGUUAUACUGUGUUACAUGGGCCAUAAAUCUAGCUCAGUUUCUUUUUCCUGGUAAGCACUGUGCUGACUGUUUUUGGAAUGUGACCCGCUGAUGUUCUGCAAACUGCAGGGUUGGCCAAGGGCUGGGCCUGAUGGCAUGCAGGCCCCUCGAUGGAGGGGCUGUUCUGCCGGCUCUCUUUCCUUUGCAGGCAGCCGCAGGCACAGUCCCUGUCCCGCCCUUGAUGACCACCCUGGGGAGUAGACCUCCCCGCGCGGCUGCUUCUUCCCUGUGCUCCCUCUGUGUGUCUUCCUGGGAGGGGGAGAGCUGCCUCUGGAUGUCAUUCCACCCACCUGGCAUUUGAAGUGAGUCUUUUAAUGAGAUAGAUAUUUAUGGAUGAGGAAGCAAGGGGGUUAUUGCAAGAGGCAUGAAAGAACUUUCUACUAAGUACUAUAAUGCUGUGAAUAAAUUUGCCAAUGUCCCAUCUUUUCUGGAGGAUGGCUCUGAUGACAGCUGCUGCUCAUCAAGUUAUGUUGGGCCCUAGAUUUUGGGCCUUCUGCUCGCAGCCUGAGAAGAUGAUUUUGUGCCUGUUUCACUGGGCAAACACACUAUGUUCCGCACCCGUGACACUUCAUGCAUUGUUCUGAGGCCAUGCCACCAUCUUCUAGGGAUUUGUGGGCCCUCAGGUGGCGGUCAUGGCAAUAUCUACCUCACUGUGGUGCUGCUCUCCUGCAGGCCCCCUCAGGUGGGCAGGGAGUUUGGAUGAUGCUCAGAGUGUUCCUGCCAUGUCAGCUCUGCUCACAGUGCCCUUCUAUGCUGGACUUUGGGGAGCCAGAGUGGUAAGGGUGAGUUUCUAGAGGAAUCUCAGGUAGACUCAUCUCCUAUCUGGAUGGCCCUUGCCUCCACCCCCACCCCCCUUGUGAACCAACCCUGCCAGGAGGUGUGAAGUAAAAGUUAUGGUCAUUGGAAAACCUGUGGACACAUCCAACACCCUUCCUCCGGGAUUGGAUGGAUCCCUGUUCCCUACUCUUGAGUUUGGGACUGUUGGUGACUGACCCACCAGGAAGAUGGUGGAAUCCUGAGGCUGAUAGGGAGUGAGGAAAUCCCCCCCCUCCACCCAGGAGUCCUGGACAGAAAGAGAUAAUGCCUGAAACUCCAGCCCCCAAUAUUACAGCUCCACCUGAAAUCCCCUAACCUAGAGACUGCCCUGUCACAGUGUGGCUGUGUGCCUCCAAGACACUGGAGGGCAGUUAGUUGGCUGACAGGAGCAGGGGCUCUGCUGAGGUGGGUCAGGCAGAACAAGGGGAGAAAGGAGAAUUCCUCCUUAAACAAGUACAGUAGGUCUAUGGAUAAUUUUGAGUUGUCUUUAUUCAAGGACCUGCUUUUACCCUGUAUUUUGCUUCAAACCAGUCUCCAGGACCUAAGCUGAUGUACCAUGAGGACUUGCUGUAUUUAUAAAGCCCCACCCUCUGACACCUGUGUUCCAGUAGGAUGGGUUCACUAGGGGGAGGUGGAGAGCACCUUACUUCUGGGCUGGAGAUGCUUGUCCAACUCCCCGGAGAAAAUUGAGGUUGGGAUGAAACUGGACAACAGCCUGCCUGGCCUGCUCUCUGCAACCCUCUCCACUCAACAGGUGCCUUGCUAACCUUCCAGUGUCGGAUCUGCAAAUCUAACCAUGACCGAGGACUGGGCUCUGAAGGCGCGUCUGCUGUAAAGGGAAGGAUGACAGCAGCGUCAGAUUACAGAGUGCAAGACAGCCGAGGUCCAGAAGGAUGCAGUCCUGGCUGGUGUGGGGGCUGUGACACUCCCUGAGAGGGGCCCUCCACGCAUGUGCACUGCCAGAAGCAAAGCCUUCUGAGGAUGCUGGAAUUGGGAUGUCACCGUAUUACAAAAGCUUAGUGGGGCUGGAGUAGGGCGGCGGCUCAGAGGAAACCAGCUGCUUUCCUCUUCUGGUUGGUCAGGAGAAGGUCAGGAGCACCUCAGGACAGAAUGUGGUGGCAUGUUGCCCCCUGCUGGAUGGCAGUGGCACCACAGCACCUGGGGAUCACCUGAAGGUGGGAGUCUCCUGGGGCACCAGAGGGUACUGUGUGUGCAGCAGCCCCACAUUCGUGGAAGUAAAGAUAAGGGCCAGGGCUAUGUGUUCCUAACACCUCAGGUCUUCCUGACACUAGCCAGACUAGAGGGCUGGGACUCUGAGAGCAGGGUCUCCAACUGAAGACCAUCACUACCCAUGCCUACAAGCCCCCUGUCCACUAUCCAUCCACCACUACCCCAUCUCAACACCCCAGUUCAUGUCAGGGCAGGUGCCUGGCACCACAGGGGAGACAGUGACAGGCCAACAAGAAGCUUGCCGUCCACACCCACAGACCAUGUACCCAAGGGAUAGAUAUGGCAGCCAGGGACCUAAAGGUGC